UUUCUUGCUUUCAUUGCGCGUGAAUGUCCCGUCUAGCAAUGAAGACUUUCACAAUUUUUCUCACGUUCUUCGUGUCUCUGUCGCAAUGUGCGAAUAUUCUGUUCUUCACGUCAUUCCCGAGCCACAGCCAUCAGGUUAUGUUCCAGCCAGUUUGGAGGGAAUUGUCUUUGCGAGGACAUAAUGUGGUUGCUAUUACACCCAAUCCCUUGAAGGAUCCAACCCUAACCAAUCUCACUGAAGUCGACCUCAGCGAUCUAUAUGAACGGGUCAAGGCGAGAAAAUCGAACAAAGACGAACUGAAAUAUAUGAUACAAAAGCCGGAUUUCUUGACGGUCUUUCUAAAAGACGCAGUCAUGACGCAUAUUUUCAACGCUAUGCACGCUUACGUGCUGCAACAUCCGAACAUGCAGGCCUUUUUGAAGGAAGAUCACAAAUUCGAUCUGGUUAUAGUUGAAUGGUUGUUCCCCACUUUUGCGGCUCUGGGGGCAAAAUAUCAAGCUCCGAUGAUUGGAAUUACAUCACUAGGAGCUCCAAUUCCAGCUCUUGAUACUGUCGGAAAUCCUUCUCAUCCAGUUUAUGCACCUGAUCAUAACCUUCCUGUGGGAAGAGAUAUGACCUUUAGGGAAAGGUUGAUGUCGGGUCUUUGGGCUGUUUAUGUCAGAAUUUUUUAUCACUUAGUCGUUUUACCUAGAGAAGAUGCUUUGGUUAGGAAACACUUGGGAAAUGAUCUUCCAUAUUUAGGCGAUAUUGAACGCAAUGUCAGUUUGUUGCUCCUCAAUAGAAAUCCUGUUUUCCACCGAGUUAUGCCUGUAGUUCCUGCUGUUAUUGAAUUAGGACACAUGAAAAGGAAUAAAACUAAAGAAGUGGUUGAUAAAGAUGUUCAGAAAUUUUUGGACAACUCUAAAAGAGGCGUCAUAUAUUUCAGUUUAGGUUCAAAUAUUACGCCUGAUUUGUUGCCAGCAAAUGCCUUACAAGCUAUUAUUAACACUUUUAGAAAGAUACCUUAUGACAUUAUUUUCAAAGGGGAUGAAACUGAUUUCGAAAACAAACCAGAAAAUGUUUUGAUUAAAAAGUGGAUACCACAAGAAACUGUUUUAAGCCAUAAAAAUACGAAAUUAUUUAUAACCCAAGGUGGUUUACAAUCUAGCGAUGAGGCAAUUAAUAAUCAAAUACCUGUAAUAGCAAUUCCUUUCAGCUCUGAUCAAACAAGCAAUGCUGAUACUUUGGCAAAGUAUGGAAUGGGUAAAAUGCUUGAUUAUGAUGAUCUGACUGAAGAAAUUUUCACUUUAUAUAUCAACGAAAUCAUUAACGAUCCUUCAUACAAACAAAACGCUAUAGCUUUAUCAAAAUUGUACGUGGAUCAGCCAAUUGGUGCUUUGGAAAAGGCGAUUUGGUGGAUUGAAUAUGUGAUACGUCACAAAGGAGCACAACAUUUAAGGAGUACCUCUAUGGACAUUCCUUGGUAUCAAUAUUUGAUGUUGGAUAUUUUUGCCUUUUUGUCAAUAGUAAUUACUGGACUAUUAUUAAUAUUGUAUGGAAUAAUCAAAUUGAUUGUGUCAUGUGUGAGAGCCAUAAUUGCUAAAAAGACUUGUGACAAGGAUAAAAAGAAUAAAUAAUUUUGUAAUUUGUAAAAUGUGUCAAUCACUUGGCAAAUUAAUGCUACAUGAUUAAUUAGAGCAAUUAAAACACAUUAUGUAUAGAACUUAAUCAGCUUACCUAAGCCGGAGCAUUAGUAUCACCUCACUAAGCAUUAACUUAUUAAUACCGUAAAAUUUAUGCCAACUAGGCAAUAGUGAAAUAUUCAGUGACGCCGUAAUUUUCGACAUCCACGUUAUAUUAGAAUAUUAGUUUAAUAUAUGAUAUGUGAUAGGCCUAGAAAAUUAUAUUAAGUAUUUACGCAUAGGUGUCAUAGGCAAAACUAAUUAAGUGUAACUGCG